CCGCGCGAGGGUGGGAGGGCACCGUGAGGUCGAGGUCGACGCGCUCUGAUAAUAAAUGAUGUUUUAUCUGUCGUGCGAUGCCCGGCGGAUAUAGCAUAGCCCGCGACGGAGGAAGGGAAGAGGAGGGAGAGAAUUGUAAUGCGACGAGGCGUCAAUCUGCUUUUUCGUUCGCGCAGGGUGCGACAAAUCAUGUCGAGGCCGCACCGUCUCGCCGCUAACACGAGCACAGAGGAAGCUUCGACGAGACGUCGAUGGACAGCUGCAUAUUAGCUACCAUCGACGAGGGCCGCCGAGUCAGUGACUUGUCGGGCGAGUCGAUGAAGGACAGUAACGAGGUGGAAGUGACGUCAUUGGAGGAAGCCAAGUCGGUCAUAGCGGCACUCAGAGCUAGACAGCGGACGCAAGCUCACCAGCGGGCCCAUCAAAUGCUCGCCUGGCGGAGGACCCUUAAAUUGCAGGAGGACCUGGUGGCCCGACUGACGCGGGAGAAGGCCGAGCAGCUGCGGACGCUGUCGUCGCAGCUUCUGCUGUUCGAGUCUAGGCUCUGCAGGAAGCAGAAGGAGAUCGAGGCCAGUCUGAGUCAGCGAGAAUCCAUUAUUCUACGACAACAAAGGGUGAUCCGGCAAUUGCAGAGCAGAUUGGCGGAAAGGAGCACGAGCACCAGGGACUCACCACCUUGCGACGCCCUGGACAGAUUGGACAGUCUCGGGGACAGCGAUAGCGCCGUGGUGCUCGAGGAGACCGCGGACGAUCCUGCCCCACCGAGAUUUCGUUCUAACAUUACUGAUGUAACUGUGAUCCGUUCCGUGUCCGACGCGGUGGAACCGUCGAACAAGUAUUCGUCGAUGCGACGGGGCAACGGUUUCCUCAGAAGACCGGAAAUCCUGGAAACCGUGUAUUCCGUGGAGGAGGACGGUGACAGCGAAACUAAUCAGGAUCCAUCGGAGUUGACAGAGAACUCGGAGUACGAGGAUAAGAGAACGAAAAACUUGGGCAACGGAAAAGGCAGACUUCAGGAUCUCUACGGCAGUUUCGAGAGGCUGGCUCAAGACACGGAUUCUCCGCCCAGCGAAAGACCCAGAGACGAAAGCCAGCAGGCGCAGGUGACGUAUAAUAGGGUAAUGAGCAAUCACAGAUCCGUGACGAAGCCAAAAGACGUGAAAUACAAGAGGAUAAAUAAGGCAAAAUCGAAAAGUCUCGAAGAACUCAGAGGACGUCUUAGAAAUUGGGUCGAGAAAGGGAAUAAAAUAGCUAUAUCGUUGGAUCAGUCAUACGCCUGAGCUUACUAUCCCCCGUAUAUGAAAGUAUAUAAAUUAUUAUUUUAUGAACGAUUGUAUAAUGACUGUUUGUCAAAUAUGUGUAACGCCCCGAAAUUAUAAUUCUACUUGUAAGAUUAAGGAAUGGACUUUUAUCUUUAGCAAAGUCGCUGCGGUAUUUAAAAUGAAAUAUCAUUGCUCCAUGUGAUAUUUGCUGUAGUAUUUUUUCAUGUUAAUUAUGCACCUAGGUCAAAGAUAAAUGAUUUGAGACUUGUGAUAUGAUUUUAUUAUAUACAAAAGCGUGUAGUUAGGAAGAAGUUAUUAUCUGGCGAAGAAAUAAUUAACCCUUAAGUAUCAUGAUAAAAAUAAUUAUCUUAAUGUUAAUUAUAUUAACAAAUAUUGUAUAAAAUUUCUAUCUGUUUUUAUUUAUCAUAACAAAUUCUAUAAUGAUUAUUACGAUUAAACAUUCUUACAUCAUUUUUCCAAAAAUAGUAUAAAAAGUCUAAAGCAAUAUCAAAUGCGUUGACCGUAUUAAAGGCAUGAUAAAUUUGAGAUUUAAUUCUAUUAUGAUACUUAAGGAUUAACUCGAAACGUGACAUAAAUACGUGGAUUGCGUAUAAAUAAGAAAAUUCUUUUCGACUCUCCUUUUAUCAAAUAUUAACUUGUGUUACAUUCUAAAUACGUAAGAGAGAAUCUUUAGGCGGCCUAAAUAUUAAUGAACUAUGAAUGUAUAAUUAAAUAUCUUUGAGCAACAGAAAAGUUCACUGUUAACAUGAAAAUAUUAAACAUGACGCACGUUUCUCUGCACAUACCCAAUUACAUCAAAAUAAGAUAUUUUUCUACUAUUAAAUGCUACUUGUUAUAAUUGCACCCUCAAUUCAAAAAGAUAUUACGUCACGUUUUAUUUAUUAAAAAUUUAGAAUUAAACCCUCCUUUAUAUUUGAAGUAAUUUAUUUAAAAAUUAUACCGAGAUUUCUCUAUUAAACAAGGUUGUGAAAUGCAAACAAUCAAAUUGAGUCGAAAUUUUUUAUUUAACAAAAAAAAACUUAUGAAUAAGUUCGCCUUGCUUAACUUAAUAAAU